UCACCCACCCAAGGCACAUCUGAGGACCCAGGGGCCAAGGGGAGGGGUGGGGUUCGUUCCCGCAGUUCUCCGCUAGGGGCCCGAGAGGUGCCAGAGGGCCAGGUCUGGGAUCCCGCCUGCCUGGCUCCGCCUUUCCCCCUCCCCGGCCCCCUUCUCGGUGUCCCGAAUCGACGCUCCGCCCUAGCUCGCCUCUCCUCACUGCCCCGGUGCCGAAAGGCAGAGACCGAGAGCCCCGGGAUCCGGAGGGAGGGAGGGGAAGGAGUGGGGGAGGCCCUCCCAGAGUGGGGAGCUAACCCAGGGCUCCAGGACAGUUCCUUCCUCCCCUCCGUCGCCUCGGCCCGCGCCGCCCUGUCCCGUGCGGGGCGGGGCGUUGGCUCCCGCGCGGGGGGCGGGGGAAGGGGGGCUCGGCUCCCCUGUACACCCUGGUCUCUGUAUGAACUAUUAAAGACUCAAGUGAAGGCGAGCUAGCGAGCGUGCGUGCCUGCCUGCCUCUGUCCGUUUGUCUGUCUGCCCGCCGGUUUGCGCGGCGACGGCUGGCGCUCGGACCGGUGGCCCCCUUCAGCACACCACGAGGCGCGCGACGGGCAGCUCGGCCAGCACUUAUUAGGCGCCAGCUGGGUGCGUAGGGGGAGGGGACCGGAGAGGGUGCACAGAAGCGAAACAAGGCGGCGGCCGCCGCAGCAGCAGCCCCAAACCGAACCCUCGGGGCGCAUCGACUACCAACGUUGAGCGGCGCCGGCCGGUCGUCCCCUCGGCGGGAUUCUGACGUCGGGGGUGGGGCGCCUGGCGGGCGGGCUAGCGGACACUCACUAGGCGGCUGGGCGCCUGGAGGGCUGCGAAACGGUGCACAGCCUUGUGUGGGCCCAAGGCAGGUGAAAAGGAGCAGAGCGGGGCGACGGCAACAGUACCGACAGUGGAGAGAGUGGCGGUGGUGGUGGCAGCGGCAGCGGCAGCAACAGUAAUAGUAACAGCAGCAGCAGCAGCGAAGAAGCGAGCCUCAGCCGUCCGGCCCCACCCCGGGCCCGCACGCCCCGCCGUGCAUGGGGAAGCCCCCCGCGGAGCGCCCCGGAGCCAAGAGGCCGCCGGCCCGGCCCCCUACGGGCCCCGCCCCCAAACGGGCCCUGGGCCCGGUCGCGACCUCCACUGCCGCUGCCGCGCCCCGCUCGGCUCCGCUGAGCCCACGCGAGCGCACGGCUCCCACCGCUCCUACCGGCAGCCGUUACUGCGGGCCCGGCGCGGUCUCGGCGCCGCGCGCGCGCCGCCCACGCGCCCGCCCCGCCAGGGUGCCCGCCCCGCGGAGGGCGGGCCGAGGCCGCGCCGCUUCCGGCCGCCGGGGCGGGCACGCGGUAGCCGGAAGCCGGAAGCGGCACCGAGGCCGAGGCCGCUUCCGGUCUCCCGCCGCUGAGGCCGAGUCUGAGGGUGCUCGGGCUGCGAUGGCGGCCGCGACGGCGCCGGGGGCGGAGCCGGGCCCGGGGGCGGGGUCGGUGCCGAGCUUGGAGAGCCAGCGGCGGCUGGUGGAGGACGGGGAGGGCGGCCGGGAGCGGCCCCUGCGGCCAGGGGAGAGUUGGUUCCUGGUGGAACAUCACUGGUACCAGCAGUGGGAAGCCUACGUCCGAGCUGGAGAUCAGGACUCCAGUGCUUUCCCUGGGCCUGUCAACAACUCGGAGCUCUUCGAAGACCAAGAAACAUGGCGCCUGAAGGAACGGCUGGUGGAAGGCGAGGACUACGUACUGCUGCCAGCCAUGGCCUGGCAUCUUCUGGUUACCUGGUAUGGGCUGGAGCCCGGGCAGCCACCCAUUGAGCGGAAGGUAGUGGAGCUGCCCAGCACCCACAAGGUAGAGGUCUAUCUGGUUGAACUGCUCCUAUGUCAGCACAAUGACAUGGAAAUAUCCCGGCCUGCCCAAUUCAGCCGAGCAGACCCUGUCGAGUUGGUCCUUCAGACAGCCAGAGAGCAGUUCUUAGUGGGGCCAGAGGAGGAGACCCGCCUGUGGGUGAAGAAUGCAGAUGGCUCCUGUGAGAGAUUGAGGAACGUACAUAUGUCUGUGUUAGAUGCCUGCCUUGGGCCUGGUCAGGUUGUCAUCAUGGAGACUCGGAACAAAGACGGCACAUGGCCUAGUUCCCGGCCUCACAUCAUGAAGAGCGUGGGAGAUGACGAGGACAGUUUCCGAGGCCAGCCAGGUGUCUGUGGCCUCACCAACCUGGGGAACACAUGCUUCAUGAAUUCAGCCCUGCAGUGCCUGAGCAAUGUCCCCCCACUGACGGAAUACUUCCUACACAACCACUACUUGAAGGAGUUGAACUUCUGCAACCCACUAGGCAUGAAGGGCGAGAUUGCCGAGGCCUAUGCUGAUCUGGUCAAACAGGCCUGGUCUGGCCACCACCGCUCUGUGGUCCCCAGGAUGUUCAAGACCAAGGUUGGCCAUUUUGCCUCCCAAUUUCUUGGGUACCAGCAGCACGACUCCCAAGAGCUGCUAUCCUUCCUGCUUGAUGGGCUGCAUGAGGACCUAAACCGGGUCAAGAAGAAGGAGUAUGUGGAGCUUCGUGAUGCUGCCGGCCGGCCUGACCAGGAGGUGGCAGAUGAAGCGUGGCGGAACCACAAGCGUCGGAAUGACUCCGUCAUUGUGGACACAUUUCAUGGACUCUUCAAGUCGACACUGGUGUGCCCCGAAUGUGGAAAGGUGUCUGUAACCUUUGACCCCUUCUGCUACCUGAGUGUCCCUCUGCCUGUGAGCAAAGAGCGUGGCAUGGAGGUCUUCUUUGUUUCUAUGGACCCUCGGCGAAAGCCUGAGCAGCACCGUCUGGUUGUGCCGAAGGCAGGGAAGGUGCUGGACCUCUGUGUGGCACUGGCUAAGCACACAGGUGUCUCUCCAGACAGGAUGAUGGUGGCUGAUGUGUUUAGCCAUCGUUUCUACAAGAUUUACCAACUGGAGGAGUCUCUGAGCUGUAUCCUGGACCGUGAUGACAUCUUUGUGUACGAGGUGUCUGGUGGAGCUGGAGGUGGGGAGGGCACAGGAGAGGAUGUGGUGCUUCCUGUGUACCUUCGGGAGCGGACCCCAGCCCGGGACUACAGUGACUCUUACUAUGGUCUCAUGCUUUUUGGACACCCCCUGCUGGUAUCUGUGCCCCGUGACCGGCUCUCCUGGGAUGCCCUGUACCAUAUCCUGCUGCAUCGCCUUUCGCGAUACGUUACUCGACCUGACUCGGACUCAGACGACGAGGAGGACUCAGACGAGGAUGAAGACGACGAAGAUGAGGACGAGGACGAAGAGGAUGAGAAUAGCGAGGAGGAGGAGGAGGAGGAGGAGGAGGAGGAGGAAGAGGAGGAAGAGGAAGAGGAUGAGGAAGAAGAGGAAGAAGAGGAGGAGGAGGAGGAAGAAGAGGAGGAGGAGGAAGAGGACCACCUCUACAAGCGGCCAAGCAGGCUGAGUGAGGGCGAGGAAGAGGAGGAAGAGGAGAGGGGGGGGAGUGCCUUGGAUGUUCAGGUCACUGCAGAGGGCUCAGGGGCAGCCAUCGGGGAUCAGGUGGGGGAGGGGGAGGGCCCUCCUCCCAGUCCCCCUCCCAGUCCCCCUCCUGGCCCCGCGAAGAGGCCACGAAGGCGGCGGAGGCGGCGGCGGCGGAGGCGGCCCCGGCAGAAGGUCCUCUUCAGCCUCCACACUGUCAACUCUAAUGGAACCAGUGACCGCAGAGGUUUUGCUGAGGAUGCCAACGGAGUCUCUUUUAACUCCCAGCCAUAUAUUGCCAUUGACUGGGAACCUGAUAUGAAGAAGCGUUACUACAACGAGGUAGAAGCUGAGGGCUAUGUGAAACAUGACUGCAUGGGCUACGUGCUGAGGAAGGCCCCAGUCCGCCUCCAGGAGUGCAUUGAGCUCUUUACCACCGUGGAGACCUUGGAGGAGGAGAACCCCUGGUACUGCCCAACCUGUAAGCGGCACCAGCUUGCCACCAAGAAGUUGGACUUGUGGGCUCUCCCUGAGGCCCUCAUCAUUCACCUGAAACGUUUCUCCUACACCAAGUUCUCCCGUGAGAAGCUGGACACACUAGUCGAGUUCCCUAUCCGGGACCUUGAUUUCUCAGAGUUUCUCAUCAAACCAAGGAGCGAGGCUGACCCAGCUCCCUGCAAAUAUGACCUCAUCGCUGUCUCGAACCACUACGGGGGCCUGCGAGAUGGGCAUUAUACAACAUUUGCCCGGAACAAGGACAGUGGUCAGUGGCAUUACUUUGAUGACAGCAGCGUCUCCCCUGUGUCUGAGAGCCAGAUUGAGGUGGGCAGCUGUGGCAAGGCCUGUGUACUCCAGCCCAUCGUCAUUCCAAGGCGGCCUAUGUUCUAUUCUAUCAGCGGCAGGACAAGGUGCAGCGGUCUCCAACCCGGCCUGGCCUGGCCAGCACGGUCUCCACACCCCCUAGCGAUGGCCCAGGCCCUUGUCCCCGGGUCGAGCCCAUGGACAUGGACUGAAGGGGGUGGGGGAACUGAGGGGGGGACCCCAUCCUGUCCCCCUCCUCAUUCCCACAGAUCACCAGCACCCACUGCCCUGGACCAUCUCAGGUACUGCUCCCCAGGGCUUCCCUCCAGCCCUCCUUCCCUGGCCCCGGGGACCCCCAGCCAUGGCCGCUGCCCCGUCCCGUCCCUGGGCUCACCCCUUCCUCCAUGGGCAGCCACUCAAGUGCCUGCCCCACUCCUAGUCAGAGCAAUAAGUCCUGGCCUCCCUCCACCGUCGUCCCCCCCCCCCCCCCCCCCGCCGCCCUUUGAGGUGUUUCUCUUUUUUGUAAUUUAUGGUUCACUGCCCACUGGGGGCAGCCAGGGCUAGGACUUCGGGGUGGGGGAGAAGGUCUAAGCCAGUGAAUACAGAUUGUAUUUUAUUAUUGAAGCCCUCCCCCUGCUGUCUGGUACCCGUUGUACAUAAAAGCCCAUGUUUCACCUGGA